AUGUUUGUAGUGGGCAGUUUAAAUUCCCUCCGUCCACCAACCAACAUAAACCUCAAGAAUAUGGCGAACAUGGAAACGCAUUUUACGAUUACAAUAGUAAAAGAAUGCGCUGAACCGCUUUAUAAAAUGGGUGCGAUAUCUGAGAAUUCGCAUUACUUGGGAUGGGAAGGAUUUAUUCUCCGUACCAAAGCCUAUUUCUCCGAAGUUUGCGACAAUUUCUUUCUUUUUGAUGUGUGCAUAGAACCCUAUAAAGACGUCUGUUUUGCUGCAGACCGGGCACGCUUCAAUUAUGAUGCUGCUAUCAAAAUUUUGGAUUUCUUGUGUCGUGAUGGAUACGGAGAAAUGCUUCGAAACAUUGAAUGUUUCACUAAAACGUUGACUAGAUCUGAAAUGAUGCAGUGUCAAGCAGAAUUGGUUUCUGACACCAGAAAGAUAUCAGAAAGUCAUUCAGAAGUUUUCGGAGCAAAUGAUGCAGCUGUGUGCGGGGCUAUGCGGAAUUACAUCGACUGUGUCAAAUACCCAAUCCGAUAUGAAUGUGGGUAUCGUGCUUGGCAACUGGUCCGUGAAAUGAUAGUCCGUCCAACAAAAGCAAUGCUUCCUCAAUGCAAACUGAAUGCAGCUGAGAAAUCCUCAUCCGUCUUGACUAUUCUGGUUGUUUCACUUAUUGUAUUGCUAUUCUAA